GCUAACCGUCGGGGGGUGCAGACGUGUUGUGCCAUUAAAAUUCUAAGUACGUUUUAAGUGUUAACUUAAGUUGCGUGUUAGUUAGAUUCUGUUGUGAUUAUGGAUGUUGUUUGUGGAUUUCACUCAGAACGUAGCAUGGCCUGAAGAAUGUUCCGCACGGCGUCAGUCGAAGGCUCCGGGCCGAGGACGCCACCAGCCUACGCGCCACAUCCCCCCUAUGUCCCCCCUCGACUAUUCCCCCCUCGAAUUCGACCACCUCCACCCCAGUACUGCUUCGACGCAGCCCGCUUCGCCUGCGACGCGUCAAAGCCCAGAUACCUCGACGUGGAAAGGGAAAGACUUGUCACAAGAUGGCUGGCAGAAGCAAACGAAGCGCUGGUCCGCAGAGAUAGACCUCCUCGCUACAAACCACGAAGCAGUGAAAGAAGACCGGACUACUUAGAGCGGAGACCCAAUGCGCCAGAGUGGGCAGACAACUUUCUACUCGGAAGACGCAAUGGUUCCCUCGAACCAGAAGAAGAUUGUAGUGAAUUGUUGACGUUGAAAGAGUUUGUGGAUAAGUUUUCUUUACCUCGUGUGGUUAAGGUGGAAGGUGAGGAUAGGGCUGUGCUAUUGUAUCGAGUGCUGGAAGCUCACAGAAGAGUGGAAGCUGUUCCUCUGUCAGGAAAGAAAGGGAAGCUCGUGGGAAAACCGUUAUAUAUUCCUGAAUCGUAUGAUGGUUGGUUCUCUGCGUGCGGAUGUCGGGGUGGCGCCCUGGCGACUCCUCGGGGCUCCAUAUCGUCACUGCUGAGAAACAGAGCCUUCGCCCUCGUGUCUCCCCGUGCCAUAUCAGCGUACCGUGCUCGCCCUACCUCAGAUACUGGUAGAGUGGGAGGUCAGUACGAGCGGGCGGCCACAAGACCAGGAACACCUCUGCGGUUAGCUGGUGUGUUUGCUGACGGAAGCAAGGCCAAGGCACCGAAAUAUGCACAACUCAUUGACCCACAAGGAAAUGAAUUGUUCGUGCCAAUCAACACAAAGGGAGAACUGUACGAGGUAUGCCCAGAGGAGUUGUCUCCAGUGGAGUGGGAAGACACCACGGAUUCUGCCCCGGCGCCCGAGGUGGGGGCACGUGCUCAUCGACUGCCCCAUCUCUUGAGCCUGUGGCGACUGCCCACCAGAGUGCGACUCCUGGCAGGCACUGUUCCAAUUGAAAUGGCGCAUGAUGUAGGAGAUGACCUUCUGCUACGGGCAGCUGUCACAGAACCAGUACUUGUCAUGUGCACGUUGCCUGAGUAUACCUCAUUAUCAUCCAGUCCCAGUAAGCAAGUUGAUCCUCGCUAUCAUGCAAAAGAGACUCUACAACUUCUCCCUUUAAAUGGCAAUAUCAAAGUACGCCGUACUCAGCUUGGCUUUGAAAGCGAGAAGAGAAUGUUCCUGUCAGCGCGUCUCCAGAAAGCUCUAACCUUCUGUCAACUGAAUGUUGACAACUGGAUCAGACAGAUCUCAUAUGCAACCUCAACCGUCGUCAGCAAAGCGAAGACGGCUGAAGAUCUCAUAAAGGAAGACCACGAACCGGUAAAGUUUGAAAAAGAAAGAAAGUUCACACUACAAGGCUUGAAAAUUGAUACAACUAGACUUUUUGGAAAAAGUGAGAAAGUUUUAAGAGAUAUCCCAGAUGAAACAGAAGGAUCUAUUAUAUUUUUAAGUAAAAAUGAACUAGAGCAUAUGAAUUACGACGUUUACAGCGACGAUGAAGGAAAAGAUGAAAAAACGGAAAGUAAACUCGAACACGAAGGGUUUUCUAGUGAGAAAAUGCACGUGUUCCGGGAAGAUGGCGCUCAGAAAAAGAGCAAGUGGUUUAAAAAUUUAAAACUUCUUAAAAGUAAUGCUACACUAGACAGUAAGAUAUCGGCCAUCGAAAAUUCAGAUCGACAUAAAGAUAUUAAGGAUCCGUUUGAUCCUUUAGGAGAGAAACAUAGUUCUAUUGAGCGUUACCAAGAUAUGGCCAAAUUAAUAGAAGAUAGAUUUGGUGGGUUACGGAAAAACGAUGGCACUGCUGAAAAGAGUCACUCUUAUAAAAGCUUAACUACAUCAUCCUCUGAUAUGGGAACGAGUCAAUGCAGCUCAAGCCACAAAAAACCGAUACUUACUAAAUCAGUGUCGGUUCAAACUGGUAUACCUGACAGUUCUUGUAAUGAGGAAGAUAGUGGCAUCGAAAUGAAACAUGGUCGGAAAAAUCUAAGCGUAGACCAAAUUAACUACUGUGGGUCCAUGGAAAGUAGCUCUAGUUCUGGCAGAAAACUGAAAUCUCUCGAUGAGAAUUUAUUGAAAAAGUCAGCCGCUACAAAAUCUUCAACACACCUUGAAAGGAGGCAAAGGAUUCAACCUGACUUAAUUCCAGAAAAGUCUAUGGUGAAAUCAGAAUCUUACAAUCAAAUACAGAGUUGUGAAGAUAUCAAUAUGUUUGGCGCUGGUUCUCUUUACAAUGACAAUGAUUUUGAAAUUAAUUAUAAACAACAUUCAUUCAUCACUGAAAAACUCUGUUCUGAAUUCCAUGUAAAAACUAAACGAGUUUUAAGCAAAUCAACAUCAAAUUUAAUUCAUCCCAAAAAACCCAGUGACAAAAAAGACGAAAAUAAUAGCAACAGUAUGCCAACGAAAACAGAGCGUUCUGAUGACAACGAGAGGGUUGUUAACUUCAGAAAAAAGUUUGAUAAGCCAAGAGCACCGACACCUCGAUCUGAAGUUGACGAAGAACUCAUUUCGAGAGAUAUAUCGGAAGAAGAACGUCAUAUUCAAAAGAAGGUCAGACGUUCAAUUUCUUCAAUACAAAAGAGGAAACUUCCAGUUAUUGAAGAUUUGCCGUAUGGUAAAGUAGCCGAUGCUGUUGACGACGAAGAAGAUAGAAUAGAAUUGGAUUUAAGUACAGACAAUAUUUACGCAGAAAUAUGUACACCAAACGGUAACAGAACUAGUGAAGAAGAUAACUACGAUUCAAAUGUAGAUAUCUUAGCAAAUGACCCUGUGAUUUGUAAUGUUAAGAAAGAGUUGAUUACUCGCAAUGAUGAAAGAGCGAGACAAAUAGAAAAUCAAGAGAAUUCCGUCAGGCAUAUUGAGGUUGUUGUUAUUGAGAAAGCUACUGAUUUAAAUUUUGAUAACUCUAGUAUAGCAUCUAGUGAAAUUGAUGACACGGGAAGUAAGAAUGAAGUAUCAAUUAUAGAUUCCUGGGAGCGUGAUAAUAGCACGCACGUGGAAUCAAAACUACAUGCGAUUCGAUUAGAAAUUACUAGUAAUAUGGAUGAAUUUGAGGACCAGAGGACAAGCUUAGAUCACCCCUGUGUUCAUUUAGGUAAAGAGAACGCUGUAAGUUUUAGUAAUAGUAUCCAUUUGAAUGGUACAUAUCCCAACGAGGCCAUUUACGAUACUUUAAAAUAGUUUCUGUAAGUUGUAAUUUGUAAGUCAAUAAUAUGAUAAUUUUAGUCAAUAUUAGGUCGCCUUCCGGUGUUGAUAAAUUGCUUAUUACCAUAGAAGUAAUACCUUUACCUAUAUCUUUCACUGAUUUAUAUAGCCCACUUAUUAUAUUUAAGUAGAUGUUGUUUGUACGUGCUAAGUAAUAAUAGCCUCUUGUUAUUACGACAUAUUUUUUUUAUUUUUUUAGUUUCCACAAAUUAAACUUACAUAAAAGGCGACCUAUUUUAAAGGUUGUAUUAUAUUAAUAACGACAAUUAGUGUUUUUCUAUAAGUUUUGCACCUAUUACAUAAUUCAUUGAUAUUGCAACUAUCACAACAUUAAUAUCUAGUCGGUUACAAAUGAUGUCAUACUUACCCAAAUAUAUGUAUAUAAAUAUAUUAAUUAUAAACAUAGACAUUAUUUGAAAUUAUCAUAUUUAUAUAUAUUAUAUAUUAAUUGUAUUCAGAUAUUAACAAUAAUCAGACGUAUAUAUAUUGUUUAAGUUGCAGUUUAUGUUUUUAAAUAAGACUAUUGUUAUAAAACAAUUGUAAAAUUACGAUUUAAACUUAAAUCAAAUCAAAUUAACUUUAUUCAUCUACAUGAUGAAUAAAGUUAAUUUGUGUGUGUCAUUUCCUUGACCUACGUCAAGGAAAUGACACUUUUGAAUGUCUAAAGUUUUUUCUCUUUCUAAAAUUACUACAGGCAAACAUAUACAAACCUACAGACUUAGAGAAUUUAUACGUCUAGAUAGACUAUAGCUAAGCUCUAUUUUGAGAAAUUCGCGCACACUAACACAAAGUGUCAUACAAAUCGCGAGUGUAAGACGUAGCUUGUCACUGUCACGCAUACUAAACUAAUAUUUCUGGUUUUUAUCAGCUGCCUAAAAGCAAGCUAUAUUUUUCUUCGUUUUGUAAUUCCUAAUCCUAUUAUUUAUUAAAACAUCUUAAUAUUUAAUAAGCAAUGCAAAAGAACACCACCAAUACUGAUACACACGGACGAGUAAAAAAAGAAGGACUCCGCGCCGUGAUAUUAGCAAGUGAAGCACCGUUAUGCUAGAUUGUGUGCGGUUACAGGGGAUACUAGUUACCUACACAAUUUUUUCUCCCUUAAAUAAUCAUAUAUGGCCAUAAAUACUUAUAUAGUGUCGUUUUUACACUUUUUCACAACGCACGACGUCAUUUUUAAAAUCUGAUCUGUCACAGACGAUGACAGUUCUCAUAAUGGCUGCCUAUCGGCCUGUAGUAGUGUAAGUGUAUGCGUGGGGCUAUGUUAUUAUAUAUUUACACGUUAAUCGGCUUGUUUUGGUGCUACACUGUUAUGUAAGGUGACACGGAGUCCUUAUUUUUUUACUAGUCCGUUACCGACAUUAUGAAGAUACAUGAUAUCACAUAAAUUUUCCGAAAGUAAUUAAUAAUUAUUAUGUAAUAAUGUAACCGACCUAGUGAAUACUUUUACGAAUUAUUUUUAUUGUAUUUGUAGAUAGUAAUCGCAAAACUAAUCCGUAUCGCAAACGUAGUAUCGUUGAUACGUUGGUAUUUAUUGAUUACUUGAUUUUCAAUAUGUUAACUACUAUAUAUUUGCACAUUUGAAAAUGUCACUUUAACACGAGAGGUGGAACUUAGAGUUGUAAAGAUACCACUAUUGUAUACUUACUAUACAUAUCACAUGAAAUUAAUUGUAAAUUUUUUGUAUAUAGUUUAUUUAAGCUAAAUAAGCUCUCUCAAAAUUAGGUCUAAUUUGUGAAAAAUAAAAGCUAUACGAAAUUUUCA